GUAUAUAUAGCAGCGGCGCCGCUUCCGCUCGUCAGUUCUGCCUUCAGCAACCGAUUCUUCACCGUCGGCGAGAAGGAGCAAAAAACAGUCAGAAAGAUGCGUGAGUGUAUUUCUAUGCAUGUCGGCCAGGCCGGAGCCCAGAUGGGCAAUGCAUGCUGGGAGCUGUACUGCCUGGAGCACGGCAUCCAGCCGGACGGGCAGAUGCCCAGCGACAAGACCAUCGGAGGAGGAGACGACUCCUUCAACACCUUCUUCAGUGAGACCGGAGCCGGCAAACAUGUUCCCAGAGCCGUGUUUGUGGAUCUGGAGCCGACAGUCAUCGAUGAGGUCCGCACAGGAACCUACCGCCAGCUCUUCCACCCCGAGCAGCUGAUCACCGGCAAGGAGGACGCAGCCAACAACUACGCCCGCGGUCACUACACAGUCGGCAAGGAGAUCAUCGACCUGGUCCUGGACAGAACCCGCAAACUGGCCGACCAGUGCACGGGGCUCCAGGGUUUCCUCAUCUUCCAUUCCUUCGGAGGAGGAACCGGCUCUGGCUUCACCUCCCUGCUGAUGGAGCGUCUCUCUGUCGACUACGGCAAAAAGUCCAAGCUGGAGUUUGCGGUUUACCCCGCCCCCCAGGUGUCCACCGCUGUGGUGGAGCCGUACAACUCCAUCCUGACCACCCACACCACCCUGGAGCACUCCGACUGCGCCUUCAUGGUGGACAAUGAGGCCAUCUAUGACAUCUGCCGCAGGAACCUGGACAUCGAGCGCCCCACCUACACCAACCUCAACAGGCUGAUCGGACAGAUCGUUUCCUCCAUCACCGCCUCCCUGCGCUUCGACGGCGCCUUGAAUGUUGACCUGACGGAGUUCCAGACCAACCUGGUGCCCUACCCUCGUAUCCACUUCCCUCUGGCCACCUACGCCCCAGUGAUCUCCGCAGAGAAGGCCUAUCAUGAGCAGCUGUCCGUCGCCGACAUCACCAACGCCUGCUUUGAACCAGCCAAUCAGAUGGUGAAAUGCGACCCCCGCCACGGCAAGUACAUGGCCUGCUGCCUGCUGUACCGCGGUGACGUGGUGCCCAAAGACGUGAACUCCGCCAUCGCCACCAUCAAAACCAAACGCACCAUCCAGUUUGUGGACUGGUGUCCCACAGGCUUCAAGGUGGGCAUCAACUACCAGCCUCCCACUGUGGUUCCUGGAGGAGACCUGGCCAAGGUGCAGAGGGCCGUGUGCAUGCUGAGCAACACCACCGCCAUCGCCGAGGCCUGGGCGCGACUCGACCACAAGUUCGAUCUGAUGUACGCCAAGAGGGCCUUCGUCCACUGGUACGUCGGAGAGGGGAUGGAGGAGGGAGAGUUCUCAGAGGCCAGAGAGGACAUGGCCGCCCUGGAGAAGGAUUACGAAGAGGUGGGCACCGACAGCAUCGGGGACGAAGGAGAGGAAGAGGGGGAGGAAUACUAAGAGCUUAACGCAAGGUGUUAACUGGGGGGCUUCCCCUUGUUUUGACGGCCCAAAUUCUGAAGCCCCAUUAGUCCACAAAGUAUCCCAAUGAAUUGAAGCCAACCCGAUCUCACUCUGAAGUCGUCAAAAUCCAGCGCUUGGGCAGUGACUUGCAGCGUCAGAUACUGAUGAAAAAAGACAUGUUUUAAUGUUGGCAUGAUAUAUAAUUUAACAGCGCUCAGCAGCAUCGGGGAAAACAUGACUGCACAAGAACGAAAGUGGCAAAAGUCGUAGGAUGGGUGGGAUGGGUGGUGUAUGGGUCCAAAAAACGCAGACUUUCACGUCCCAUAAGAUUCUUAAGCCAAAACCUGUCAAACCCUGUUCUUUUUUCCUAAACCUAACCACAUGUUUUUGUUGUUGAAGGACAUUUUUUGGACUAAUGGGGCUUUGGAUUUUUGGGUCGCAGGAACAAUGGUGUGGAACUGUUAAAUGUAUUCCAGUUGUGACAAAAUUACAACAAUAUUAUGUUCUGAUGUUACACUUCAAAACAAGGAUACUACAUAUCAAAUAAAUCAAAAC